AAAGAAAAAAUCUAAAAUGCUCACUGCAACCCGAUAGCGUCUCUCUCUCUCUCUCUCCGAUCUUCACCGGGCCGCUCGCCACCAUGCACCUUCUUGUUACUGGAGUCUUCUUUCUUCUUCUCUACAUCUUGCUGAGAUCCAUACACUCCCUCAUCUGGGUUCCAUGGAAAACCCAGCUUCACUUCCGAAAUCAAGGAAUACGAGGCCCAGGCUACCGUCUGAUCUUCGGAAACGCCGCCGAGAUCCGUGGACUGAUCGCAGAGGCUCAAGCAAAGCCAAUGAUGCCUGUCAGUCAUGAGAUCAUCCACAGGGUCAUGCCUCACUACCAUACCUGGUCGACUAUCUAUGGCAAGACAUUUCUCUACUGGUUCGGCCCGAAACCUCGGCUUGCUAUCGCCGAUCCGGACAUGAUUAAGGAGAUUCUGCUCAACACCAACGGCGCUUUCGGGAAGAUUGGAUUCAAUCCUUUGUCUAAGCAACUGUUUGGAGAUGGGCUGGUUGGUCUGGAGGGUGAGAAAUGGGCUAGACACAGGAGGAUCACCAACCAGGCCUUCAACAUGGAGAGAGUCAAGGAAUGGGUGCCAGAAAUUGUGGCUAGCACAUUAAAAAUGUUGAAGAAGUGGGAAGAAAAGAGAGGCGAAAGAGAUGAAAUCGAGAUAGAAGUGAACAGAGAGCUUCAUAAUCUCACUGCUGACAUUAUCUCACGAACGGCUUUUGGUAGCAGCUACGAAGAGGGGAAGCACAUCUUCCAAUUACAAGAACAACAGAUGCACCUCGUAUCGCAGGCUCUACGAAGCGUGUACAUUCCCGGGUUUAGGUUUGUACCCACAAAGAAGAACAGACGGAGAUGGAAGCUAGAGAAGGAAAUUCGAGAAUCGCUACGGAGGCUGAUUGAGAUUAAUGGUGAAACAAGUCAAAAUUCCAGGAACCUCCUUGGCCUAUUGAUGUCGACUAACAGAAACCAGUCGGAAACCGAGAAGACUGAAGGACUGAGUGUGGAAGAGAUAAUAGAUGAAUGUAAGACAUUUUACUUUGCAGGGAAAGAAACUAGUGCCAACCUUUUGACAUGGGCGAUUCUCCUUCUAGCACUGCACCAAGAAUGGCAAAGCAAAGCACGCCAAGAAGUUGAUUGCGUCUGCGGUGAUGUUGGGCUGCCUACUGCAGAGAAUUUGAAUGACCUCAAAAUUGUAAGCAUGAUUAUCAAUGAAGCACUCCGCCUCUACCCACCGGCCGUGAUGUUGAUGAGGCAAACAAACAAGGGCGUCAAGCUAGGGAAACUUAACAUUCCUGCUAACACGCAACUGUAUCUGGCCAUGACCGCCGUCCAUCAUGACCCUGAAAUUUGGGGUGAAGAUGCCGAUGAGUUCAAUCCGCUGAGAUUUAACAAUCCCAAAAAGCAUUUGGCUUCAUUCUUCCCGUUUGGAUUAGGUCCCAGGAUCUGUGUGGGUCAAAAUCUAGCCGUUGUUGAGGCAAAAGUUCUUCUGACUAUAAUCAUCCGUAGAUUUUCAUUUGUCCCAUCGCCAUCUUAUGUCCAUGCUCCUAUGCAGUUUCUAACGAUUCAGCCUCAAUAUGGAGCCCAGGUUGUGUUUAGAAAGGUAUGAGGAUGUAUUUGGGACCGGAAUGUGUAUAGAAAUAGAACAUGCUUAGUACAAGAACAAGUAAACUAGUUCAA